AUGGUUGUGCGGUCACUUGAUAUUAAUAAAGAUUCAUUUCGACCUCAUGAAAAUGAUGAAGAACUUGUUGGAGCUGAAAUAUCAUAUCUUAGUGCAAUUGGGGCAUUAAUGUAUCUUGAUAGCAAUUCACGAUCAGAUAUAUCUUUUGAUGUAAAUUUAUUAGCAAGAUUUAGUUCUUCUCCAAUACGAAGACAUUGGAAUGAUGUAGGAUAUUUGUCUGACCCACAUAAAGAUCAAUCUCAGACAGGUUAUUUGUUUAUACGUGGAGGUACAGUUAUAUCAUGGCAUUCAACAAAACAAAUCAUGGUUGCAACAUCUUCAAAUCAUGCAGAGAUAAUAGCCAUUAAUGAAGCAAGUCAAGAAUGCGUCUGGUUGAGGUCAAUAACUCAAUACGUCCAGGAAACAUGUGGCCUUCCUUUGAAAAUGAAUAUUCCAACAAUAUUGUAUGAAGACAGUGUUGCAUGCAUAGAUCAAUUAAGAGGAGGAUACAUCAAAGGAGACAGAACAAAAUACAAAGAUAGGUGA